AUGUGGGUUCCUGUUCAAUACGAGUUCGUUUUGCCGACCAGGCUGUGGGAGAAGCCGAGCCAUAUCCGCUCGCCUCUUGGAGUGGAGGAUACGACGACAGCCUGUCGAGAGUGGGAUGAAUUUACAUUUCCGGAGCUUGGAAUGGCCGGAGUUGCCAACACCGACGGGAAUAUGGUUCCCAAUGUCCCUGUUGUCGCAGCUAAUAGUAGCCAGCAUCCUUUCCUGACCGCUGCAAAGGUUCAAGCGGUCGAUGACUGGGUUGAUGCUCCUGAGGCCUCAGAUGGCAAGAAAGCGGCGAACCCUGUGCCGGGGAAACGGAGGCCACAUGGAUUGAAGACCCGCAAAGUUCUGCCAUUGGAGAGUGCUGAGGGUCCUGCAGAGAAGAAGGCAGUCCUCGCGAAGAAGGAAGUUGUUCCACCUCCAGGCUUGGAGCAUGUUGUGGCCAACACUUGGGAUCCUUCGUCCUUCGACGUGUUCAAGCAGGAGCCACAACAUCAGAACCAGGCCACGGCCAAGAAUUUCCUUCUUGCUCAGAUCGGAGCUGCGGCGAUCAUUCAGGAACGACUGUCAUCUGCGAAUGAAACAAAGACCAGAGAGUUUCACAGCACGAUGCAUCAGACUGCGAAGCCAUACGCAAAGGGGAAGGUAAAGGCAGCGGCCAAGGACAAGGCCAAGGCCAAACGGGAGGCAAUACUCGCUGAUGCGUGGGGAGAACUUCCAACCGAGAAGACCGAGAAGGCCAAGGAAACUGAUCCUCCCAAAGACGCCAAUGUUGUAAAGACGGAGUGGGCGGCUAUGAGAAAGAAGCAGCGGCAGAACCUACUGAUCGAGACCUUCUUCGUUGUGCUGAAGCCUAUGCUCACUGCUGCAGAGUGCUAUCCUGGGCCCAUGACUUUGGAAAUCCAGCUUGGUCUUGUCCUCCUACCUGCCUUUUCUACUGCCGAUCAAGACCGACAGAUGUCAUUUGCACAGCUCCAGCGCUUGUUUCUGCCUCUCAAUGGGACCCGUCCCCCAAGCACUACUUUCAUCAACCGAUUGACAACAUGUCCUGCAGAUAUCAACUACAUUGUCGAUCUGCAAGUGAAGGGGCACCGACUCUUUGAUCAAGCCAUUGCGGAGUCGUGUGUACAGUACGAGAUUUACUGCCGAACGGAAACUGGCGCCUUGCUCAUCAUCACUAUCGACAACGGCGGCGAUACGACUGUCAGUCGGCUCAAGGCCUUCCUUGGCUCGGUUCACCUGAGCUUCCCUGGUAAUAUCUGGGAUGCUGCCGUCGUCCUCAGAGGGCAUGUAGAGUACGACCUCAUUUCGAAUACUGAGAUCGAGGACGCGGUCAAUCACAUCGUCAAUUCCAUUUGGGUUGAACCGAACAGAAACUUGGUUCGUCUGCACUUCCGUCUCCCUAAAGCUGUGCUGGGAAUUCAAAAAGUUUUCAUGAAACGCUGGACCCAACACCGCUACGUCCCCUCGAACCCCUCGGACGAGGAAUUUACAAACGCCAACCAUGAUCUCUUUCUGCAGAUCACAGAGGUUCAGGACUUGCUUCUCUCUGUUAACCUUCUAGACUCGGACGUCGUGGAGGCAUCCUGUGCCGAGCUCACGGAAAUGGUCUCGACUGGUCGACAGUGGUGGGAAGUUUCUCUUGUCAGCCCUAUCAUCAACAUGCUUCUGAAGGCGAAUGGUUCACUCCAACCCGGAGAUCGCACCCAAGACUGGACCGCCGCAGAGCUCCUAGGCCGCGACAUGGAUAUUUCCACCACCCCCACACCGGUCGCCGACGCCAUUGGCAGUGGUGGGCUUGGUGACUUGCUGAGGGCUACAAAACUCGUUGUGGAAAACAUUGACCCGGUGGGAUAUUACAACAAUGGCCCAGAUGCCGAGGGGUCGAAGUCGGCUGGUGCUGGUGGAGCAUCCGAAGCAGUCGCAACUACAACCACCAUCGCAAGCGCAAGCAAGCUCGCGGCCAUGCCAGUCACGGUAUCUGCUGCUUCCGAGGCUGAAGCACUUGACUAUUGGUGA